AUGGCUGCAAUGGCUUUGCAACUGGCGACGCAUCCAACAAUUCAUAUCAUUUCCGCAGAGCUGGUUGGCUCGUGGGAGAAUGCUUUGCAAGAAAAGCAUUUGGUUCCUCUCCCUCUCCGUAAUCACCGUCGGUGCUGCCAUGAAAAGCCAAUGGACCAUUCAGAUGGGAUUGAAUGGGAGCACCCUCGCACCACGCUCAUUCGCGCAACAGAAGUCAGAACCAUGUUCGCCGCGGCAGGAAUUGUAACAAAACAGCAGCCAUGCCCGUCCGCAUUCACAGAUUUCUUCCCUCUUCAUCGUCAACAUGUAUGA